AUGUGGAUAUGUAUUGAUUACGGGCAGUUGAACAAAUUUACGAUCAAGAAUAGGUACCCUUUGCUGUGCAUUGAUGACUUAUUUGAUCAGCUUCAGGGUGAUAGAGUGUCCUCUAAGAUUGAUCUGAGGUCUGGGCAUCACCAGUUGAAGAUUCAGGAUUCUGAUAAUUUGAAGACGGUAUUCAGGACCCGCUACGGGUACUACGAGUUUCUUGUAAUGUCUUUUGGGCUGACCAAUGCCCCAGCAGCCUUCAUGCAUUUGAUGAAUAGUGUAUUCUAUCCAUAUCUUGAUUCGUUCGUCAUCGUAUUCAUUGACGACGUCUUGGUGUACUCUCGCAUCCGGGAGGAGCAGCAUCUGAGGGCUGCACUCCAGACUUUGAGGGAGAAGAAAUUGUAUGCUAAAUUCUCCAAGUGUGAGUUUGGUGUCUAUGAAGAAGAAAACAAAAUUUGUACAUCGCGAUCGCGGGAUUAUGGCCGCAAUCGCAAUGAAGAAAAUGAUGCUGGAACAUUUGUUAACCGUGAUCGCAUGGCUAAUGACGACGAUCGUGAAGAAUGA